CUUUGACCCGUCGACUAGGGCAACGCCCGCCUCAUCGUUGGGCGACAUUGGAUGCACGAGGGAUGGCCCAAAUCAUGCCCGAGCAUCAUGGUGGCAAGUCGCGGCGGCCGUCGCACUUUGCGUCGACGCUACCGACGAUUCAAGAUGCAGACGCGCAACCGAAAACCAAGUUCCUCCCGUUUGCGCCGACCCUCGACCUCCACGGACCAUCACGCGGGGCGACAAUGAAACAUCGUCCGUCGGGGUCGCGAAGAGGAUCGUCAGCUGGACUGAAUCACCUCAAGGUCUCUCCCGACGGUAUCGUCAGUGGCAGCAGCGGCCACCUCCAAAAGUCACCUUUACACUUGUCUCCUCCCGCCUCGACGCCGACCCUUCAACACGUGGCUCCCGCUCCUUUCAUGCACAUGGCCGGCCCAACAACUCGACCCGUGGUCCCUCCACCAGGUGGCCCGAUCAAGGUCCAGCUCACGAGUGCCGUGACCGGUCCGAAAACGCGACAGAAUGUCCAUCCCAAGCUGGUUCUGCUCGUGAUUCUCAUCGCGUUUCACCGGGUGAUCGAUCGAUGGAUCUCGCAAGAGUCGAUGUUGGUGCUGGAAGCGCUUCAGCUCGUGUACAUUGGGUUCAGCGUUCCAUUUCGUCUUGGGCUCCUCUACGACCCCCUCGGCACCGCGUCGACGUCGUCCGCCGUGUCCACCUACGUAACGUACGGCCUCGACGUCGUCUCGGAUGUUAUCGCGUUUCUCGUGCUCAUGGAAACCCUCAAGGACAUGAUAAUCAGCAUCCCUGUCCAGCAGCUCGCCCCCAUGGACAUGAACUUUUCGUCCGACACGGACCGGCGCAACUCGGCCUUUAUGAACAAACUCGUCAAGAUGUCAACGUCAAGGCAGGAAACGAUGCGGCGGAAUUCCGUCUUUCUCGCCAAGGAAACGUCCAUGAAGCCGCAGUUUCUCCUGAGUUCGUCAUGGGACAAGAAGCGCCAAGUGAGCGUGGGCCACGUCGUUCUCGACGGCAUCGCGCUCAUCCCGUUUGACUUUUUCUGGCUCACGUCGCCGCACGCGAUGAUCGUGUGCCGUCUCCCCAAGCUCCUGCGAAUCCACAAAGUGCCCGAGGCAGCGCGCCUAUUCAAACACAUGCUCGCCGACCACCAAUUGCUCGCUGGCUUCCACAACAUUGGGAUGUCGCUCCUUGUCGGGGUCAUCCUGCUGAGCCUCGUGCUGAUCCACUGGGCUGCGUGCUUUGUGCUGUUGGUCUCGCAUCUCGAGUGCGGCUACCACUUGGACCAACCUGCCGCAGGCUCAACGUGCUGGGCAGUCGAGGCAAAACUACGAGGCGCGUCGCUCUUUCGAACGUACGUGUACACUCUCGUCACAGUCGGGUACGGGUUUCCAGUCCCCCAGACCAACUUGGAGCGAGCUAUCGGGAUCGCGAUCCAGUUCAUGCGGUCGUGCAUUGCGGGCGGCAUCAUCGGCGCCUACUUUUUCCUGUUCGAAUGCCAGAAUCGACACGAGAACGAGUUUCACGACCAAGUCGACGGCGUCAAGGAGUACUUGACUGCUCGGCGCCUCUCCAAGCACAUCCAAGCCAAGGUGCUGGACUUUUACGAGCACUUUUGGUCGGCCCAGCGCGGCAUCGACGAAAACACGAUCAUCGCGACGCUGCCGUCGCACAUUCAGACGCAAUGCUACCACUCGUUGCGCCUCAAACUGCUAAAAAAUGUUCCCAUCUUUCGCAAUCAACCCGCCCACGUCCUCAAGCGACUCAUGUGCCACAUGAAGCGCCAAUGCUACGGACGUCUGGACUGGAUCAUUCGAAACGACUCGUGCCAGGCCAUUCACAUGGUCAGCCGCGGUCGCAUCGCUCUUCUCAAUGCGAAUCAAGUUGUGCUGACCAACGUUACGGACGGGCAAUGCUUUGGCUUAUCGUCCGUCCUGCAUCAAGUCACCGACCACGCCACCAUCGCGCGGGAGCUCCACUCGGCACGCGCGGAAACGUACACGGACGUGUACACUCUCGACCCGCCGACGAUCGAAGACGUCGUGCUGCAUCACGCACCGCUUGGCGCGAUCACUUGGAACGCCAUGCUCGCGGAAGCGCGUGGCGUUCUGGACAAAAUUUCCGUCCAUGCUAAACUCGUCCAUGGCAUGACAUUUGUCGAGAAAGUGAAGGACAUGGACAAGUGGUACCUGCCACAGUCGCGAUUUCGGAAAAAGUGGGAGAUUGGCGUCGUCGUCGUGCUCGUGCUGUAUGCGAUCGACAUCCCGCUGCACAUUGCGUUUGACGCGCCCAACGGAUGGCCGGUCCUUGCCGGUCGCGUCCUCUUGGAUCUGUUUCUGCUUGUGGACUUUUACUUGCGGGUGCGAUGGUUCGCCUACUUUGACCACGACACGGUGAUCACAGCGCCGUUCUUCAUCUGGCGCGAAUACAUGCGCAACGGCCUUGUCUUGGAUGCGAUUUCAAACAUCCCGUUUGCGCUGGUCGCCGACUGCCUCCCCGCUUCAGCGCCGUCGUGGCUGACUCUGACGCUCCAGAUCGGCGAGUGGAGUCGGUUCCUCCGCAUGCGCAAUUUGGUUGCCAACCUGUCGGGCGUCCUCAAGCAAUUUCAAGUCAACAACACGACAUUCAUCAUUGCGUGCCUCGCGCUGUGUGUCCCGUUUACGUGCCACAUUGGCGGGUGUGUUUGGUACUGGAUCGCGUCGGUCACGAUGCGCGGAGCUGCCACCGACGCGGAUGGUGCGUUGGAGGCGCUGACGAUGGACCAAUGCUUGGAAUGGGCACGGGAUUUUCAAAACUGCACAUGGCUGCACUACGACCGGGCGCAGUAUGGCCAUUCCGUUGACUACGUUCGCGCAAUCAGCUGGAGCGUUGUGUCGCUCGUGACCGUUCAAUUCGGGUCCAUCUUUCCCUUUACAGACGUCGAGUGCGUCUACAUGUUUGUGUGGCUGUUCCUGAGCAGCAUGGCCAACUUUGGCGCGUUGGGCGCGCUGGCAAACGCCGUCACGCGGAUCAAUUGGGCCACCAGCAUGAAGCAGAUGCAAGUUGCCGUCGCCCAUCGCUUCAUGGCGUCCGAGCGGGUAUCCCGGCAUGUUCGGCAUGACGUGAGCAACUACUACAAGCACCACUGGACCCAAUCCACCGAGGAACAAGUGCUGCGCGUCCUGCGGCCCCUCCCGGACAACCUUCGUCAGGAAAUCCAGUCGUUCCUGCACGCCAAGUCGGUAUCGCGUCUGACGAUUUUCCAAGACGUAGAUGACGCCGGCCUCCGGUUCAUCUACUCCAUCAUGAAACACCACUCGUUCAAACGGCACGAGUUCAUCGUACGCGCGGGCGACGCGUGCGACAACAUAUACAUCCUCACGCGCGGCAUCAUGGAGUCGUUCGUGCCGAUCGAUGACAUGAUGACGCCGAUGCAGUUGCUGUACCCCGGUAGUUGCGUCGGGGAAUCCGCGUUUGUCCAAAAACGAAGCCACGAUGUCAGCAUCCGAGUCGUGUCCGAGUCCGCCGACGUGAGCGUCCUCAGCCGGCACGAGUUUGCCACGAUUGCAAAGCACUUUGAACCGUUGUGGAACCAAAUCGACCAGUUCGCCAAGGACGUGUACGUCGAGGAAAUGGCCGCGAUGGGCCCGUUCGAGAUAAAUUUGCGCAAGCCGACGAUCUAUCGCACGCUCAAACACACGCCGACUCUGUACAUCGAGCCCGCGCUGGGCAAUCGCCUCAUUCGCCCCAGCUCGACCAUGUACCGCUUCUGGAGGCUCCUGAUCACGGUCGUCGUCAUUUACAAUGUGAUUCAAAUCCCUUUUCGCAUUGCGCUCGUCCCGACGCCGGCCGACAACGCGAUGCUCGUGUUUUCGACCGUCGACAUCGUGUGCGACGUCAUCUUUCUCAUCGACAUGUACAUCAAGUACAAUCACUUGAUCAUCACCGACAAAAACGGCGACGAGGUGGUGUCGGUCGCGUUCAUUCGAUCCAACUACCUCCACGGAGCGUUCAAAAUCGAAGCCCUGAGCAGCCUGCCACUCUAUUACGUCGGUGACUACAAACUCAUGACGCUCUGCCGCCUACCGCGGCUCCUGCGGUGCUACCAGCUCUCCGACCUCCUCCACGCAUUCCACACGUUUGUCCAGGAACGAACAACGUCUACCGUCGUGACGGAAGGCCUCGAGUUCGUCAAGUUGUUUGUGGGCAUCGUCCUCGCGUCGCAUGUGGCCGCGACGGGGCUGUAUGUGAUCUCGUACGCCGAGCACGGCGCCGCCGACCACGGGCCUACAGCUUCGGGCCAUGCUGUGCUGAGUUGGUACAGCCACGACUCUGUCAUUGAGCAAUGCCACGGCAGUAUCGGCGCUACGUACCUCCGGGCAUUCUACUGGGGGCUCGGCGUGGUGAGCUCGUUCGACUACAUGGACAUGCACCUGUCCCAAGUCGGCGAAACGCUGUGGUUCUGCGUGGUGGCACUGUCUGGCGUCGUCUUUAUCGGGGUUGUGAUCGGGCAAGUGUGUACCGCCAUCUUCAAUGCGAAUAAGGAACUGCGCGAAGUCGAAAUGCAUUUGGACAACUUUGCGUUCUACGCCAAGAUCAAGUCGCUCCCGCCGUUCUUGCUCCGUCGCGCGAAGCUCUUCUUUGAGUUCCAGCUCGAUUGCAACAUGGGGAUGGAUGCGCACGUCAUCUUUCGCGACUUGCCGCAGAGCUUGCGCAUCGAGCUGUUCAAGGAUUUGUACACAAAGCUCCUUGCGCCCAUCCCGCUCUUCUCGUCGCUAACGCAAGGCCAAAUGAACACGAUCGCCGAAAAGCUGCACACGUCAUUGUACCUCCCCGGCGACAACAUCCUCGUCGAAGGCGACGUUGGCACGUCCUUGUACUUUAUGAAACAAGGCCUCGGGGAAAAGUACCUUCGGUCGUGCCACAUUGUGAUCGCCCCUCUGUACCAAGGCGCGGUGUUUGGCGAGCUCGGGUUUUUCCAGUCGAUUCGGUACGUCUACUGCGUCCGCGCCGUGAAGUGCUGCGAGAUCCUGUCCCUGUCGAAAGCGGACUGGGUCAAUGCGUGGUCCCCCGAUAUUCGGUCCAAGCUCGAGGCAAAGAUGACUCGGGAUAUCCAGCACGAGAUUGAUUUGCUUGGACACAUCAUCCCUGCGCUCAAACAAAACUUUGGCAUUUCCCGGCCCCGCCCUUUCAAACUCACCAUGAUGCUCCAGUCGAGCUCGUCCGCGGGGGUGCCGCAAACCACAGCCGACGUGAGUGGUCGCAACUACUUCGAGUACCUCCGGCACACGGCGCCACCCAAAGCCAAGAAGAACCCGCUGGCCACCGCCCCGUUGAAGGAAUUCCCCAUCUGGUCGUUCGGUCCCCCUCCAAACCCGCGGUGGGAGCCCGAAUCGGCCGUGCGCAAGUGCUGGGACCUCGUCAUGCUGUUUGCGAUCACGUACUUUGCGCUCGUCCUUCCGUUUCAAGCUGCCUUCGUCGUGGUUCCAGACGAGACACCGCUAUGGCUGCUGGUUUGGUUUGCGUGGGACCAUCUCCUCGACCUCGUUUGCGUCGUCGACACGAUUGCACGAUGGCAAGUGUUUUACGUGUUUGCGCGGGGCGAGCUGCAGACUCAGCCGGCGGUGCUGCGUCGGCAUUACACGCAGCACGGUCACUUUUACUCGGACGUUGUCGGGUUACUGCCGCUCGAACUGCUCGUGUACGUUGUCCCGCAUGCCAACUCGAAUCCGUGGCGCCUGGCGUCGCUGCUGCGACUCAACCGCAUGGUGCGGCUCGUGCAUGUCCCGAAACUGAUGACGACCGUGACGACGCUUCUCCACCACUGGGCUUGGUUCCACCGGUACAAGGUCAUGUUUCACUACUUUACGUCGUACAUCGCGCCGUUCGUCGUCGUGAGCCAUUGGAUUGCGUGCAUGUGGUUUUACGUGUCGAUGGCGACGCGGACGUCGGGGUCGCCGUCGUGGCUUGUCUCGAUGGGGUACCUCGACCUGAACACCACGAUGUCGACCGCCGACGGCAUCCCGCUCGGAUUUUCCGACACGAUCAAGUUUACGAGCUUGAAUGUGUACCUGGCGUCGCUGUACUAUGCCGUGUCGUCGCUCACGUCGCAGUCGUUUGGCGACGUGUUUAGCGAAAACGUCGUCGAGACGUGGGCCACGGUCGGGAUCAUUUUGUUUUCGAUUGCGUUUUUUGGCGUGUUGGUCGGUGUGUUUUCAGAGAUGCUGCAGGACACGCUGCACCCCCGUGCGAGCUUUGAGCAGCACAUGGUCGACGUCAGCACAUUCUUCAACUACCGCCUCCUUCCGUUCCAGUUUUUCAUCCAAACGUCGCGGUAUUGCCGCACGCAGUGGCAAGACCACAUGGGCCGCACCGAAGACGACUUUUUGAGCGUGUUGAGCACGACGAUCCGCGAAGACAUUGCGAUGUUCGUCAAGCAAAACGUGGUCAAGAACCUGAGCUUCCUCAAUCACUGCGAAGAAGUGUUUGUCCGGGCGCUCGUGACCAAGCUGCACACGGAGGAGUACAUCGUGUCGGACAUCAUCUUUCAGCUUGGGGACGUGGCGCGCGUGCUCUACUUUAUCGAUGCUGGCCACAUCACGCUCGUCGCGUCCAAGAAAGCGUCCAAGCAGUGCAACACGUGGGAUUUCUUUGGUGGGUCGUCCUUGUUUGCCGAUACGGGCCGCCAAGCGACCGCAAUCGCCAACGUGAAUUGCACCAUGUUCCUCCUCCAUUACGACGACUUUGUGCGACUCAUCGAGCGGUUCCCAGAGUACUACGAGAAUUGCCGCGCCGAGUGGAACCACAGCGACGCCGUCGAAAUGGUCGACACGAGCCAGGCCACCCACCGGUUGGUCGAUCGACAACCACACGGAAGGUGA